AUGGCGAAGCGACGUAACGAGAACGGCCAGAUGCGCCGCGAGGAGUACGAGGCUGCCGAUGACGAUGUGAGCGCCGACUCGUUUGAAAUCGGUUUCCAGCGCGCCAGCGACGAGUCCAUUCGCAAGCGCAAAAUUGUUAAGGCUCGCGUAGGCAGCCGACCCCCAGUGGCCAAACCCAAGACCGCUGCUACUGAAGAUGAUGCGGUCAAAAGCAACCCGUUCGGGGGAUUCCAGGGACUCACGGCUGCCAAACCUGCAGCUCCAUCCAACCCGUUUGCGGGGUUUUCGGGUCUUACGGGUACAGCCAAACCUGCUGCUGAGGCGACUUCUAUUGCCUGCAGUGACUCAAGUACUGCGGUUUCAGGCUCGUAUCAGCAGGCGAUUGAGGGACUCAACAAGGAGUUCCUGGCUUUCGUGAAUGGCCAGGCGCAGAAGAAUCCGAGCGCGAGCUGGGUGGCCGCAGUUCAGGUCUGCAUGGUUGGGGACUACUUGAAGCAUGCGGGCGAAAUCGCAACCAAGCACGCGUCCACAAAGCCUGUUGCCAUUAACGAGGCAAAGCACACAGCACCUGCACCAUUCUCUUUUGGUGCGAAACCAGCGCCAGCUCCGGUUGCAGCUUCUUCGUCUGCCCCUGCGCCAUCGAGCUCCUCCUUUUCAUUCAAUGGCAGCGCGACCAAGAAGACCGAUGAGUCGGCGAAAUCUGCCGCAUCUAGUGGUUUUUCGUUCGUUGCUGCCGCCAAGAAGAAUGAGGAGACCGCGAAGACUUCGACUAGUGGAUUUUCGUUCGGUGGCUCUGCUAAGAAAGACGAUGAACAGACCAAGUCUCCUGCGAAACCCGCUUCCGGAGGCUUUUCUUUCGGUGGUGGAGGUAGCUCACUCUUCUCUUCCAAAUCGUCGGACUCAGAGGAGAAACCCACACCUGCAUUCUCGUUUGGAGGUCUUCCCAAACCAGCGGCUUCUGCCACCUCCUCUGCACCCGCAACUGGUGGAUUCUCGUUCGGCAACCUGACAGCUCCCAAGAGCACGACACCAGCCCCGACUGGUGGCUUCAGCGUCGGAGCUUUGACACCCGCUGCCUCUACGUCGGCAGCUGCUGGCGAUGAAGACGAGGAAAAUGUCGGGCGCGAGGAGGCGACUGUCAUUAUCAAGGCUGAUUCCCCCGACGAUGACUGCACGUUCGAAGCUGCAAAGGCCAAGAUCUUUGUUCUCAAAAAGGACGAAAAGCGCUGGGCAGACAAGGGCGUGCACCCGCUCAAGGUGCUCGUCAGCAAGGAGACGAAGAGUGCACGGAUCUUGGUCCGUAACGAGAUCGGAAAGAUCGUGCUGAACUCGGCGCUGUACAAGGGCAUGCCCGUCCGUCCUCACGAGGCGAAGGACAUGGGCGCUAAGCAGCAGGAUGGCGGCGAGCCGUUGUCUCCGCAGAAGGGCGACUUCCUCAAGCUCUUUUGGACGUUGGCGGAGAGUGAGCGCGAUGUGCGUACACAGGCAGCGGCGCAACUGCUCGCGCACUUGAAGAGCAGUAACAAACAGGAAGCCGAGGUGCAGUACACGCUUAAGCGUCUGGUACGCGGCCUGGCGUCGUCUCGCGAUGCUGCUCGCCAGGGAUUUAGCACUGCACUCAGUGCGCUUCUGGCCACUUUCCCUAAGCAGCUUUCACUGCAGAGCACGCACGAAUUGGUGCGUGAAGCCAUGGAGGUGCACUCGUCCAUGAAGCCCAUGGAGCAGCGUGAGCACAUGUUCGGUCGCCUUUUCGGUUUGUUGGCGCUGCAUCGUUCCGGCCAAUUGAGUGCCGAUCUUCCGCUACUUGUGGCAGUAGUCAAAGAGCUAUUGGAGAUGGCUUCGUUCAAGCGCUGGUUCCGCGAGACGUGCUACGAGGCUGCAUUGACACUGCUAUCCGAUGUACCGGCUGAACAGUUUGUAACGGAAUUGGCAGAGCCGAUCCACACUUCUCUACAGAUUCAGCCAUCAAAGAACAGCGACGAAGAAGGCGUGGAGGCCUGGAAUGCCGACCAAGUGCUGCUGGCAGUCGGUGCUCAGCGUUAUCUGCACAUCACGGGCGUUGACCAAGACGAAGAACAGAUGAAGAAGUUGCCAGAGAACUUUGCAGCAGUAAACGCUCUGCAGCGCCACAACGUGCACUUACUGGCUCGUCCUCUGCGUGGGUCCUCAGGCUGCUACCCGCGCGUGCACUCGGCUUGGUUCGGAGUAUUCGGCCACGUGCUGAACCCGACGGAUGAUGCGUCAACACCAGUUGAUGGUGAGCUUUUCCAAGAGGCCUGGACUGUACUGGUGGAGAAUUCUCUAGUCGGUGGCAGUAGCACAGACGACAGCGCUCCUACUAGCCACGAGCGUCAGGGUCUGGCGUUGAAGCUGUUCGAGCUAGUCGCACCGAAGCUCCCAGCGCCUGUUCUACGCGCCAUCCUGACUCCCCGAUUCGUCAAGUGUCUGUACAACAACGGAGUAGCCAAGAAGAAUUAUCUGCACGAAGCUGCACGCCACUGCCUCAAGUCUUUCGCCUCUUGCGCUCCAGCCGAGUUCUUCCACUUUUUCCGCAAGCAGUUUUCGUCUCCGUUGUCCGUCCUGGUGACUUCUACGUCGGCUGAUAGUGACGAGGAGGAGGAGGAGCCCAAGAAGAAGCAGAAACUAAGUGCUGGGGGCUUCGAUGCGCUCAUUCAGCUGGAAGAGAAGAAGGAGCGCGAGGAAGCGGUCAAACGACGUACUGAUCGCGCUCGCGUGUGGGCUGUGGAGACCAUGGUGGCUGCUCUUACAGAGCUGCUGAGCGCGAAAAACGGGGCGGACGAUGAGACCAAGAAGCUGCAGGACAAUGUGCUGCGUUUUCUGGUAUUUCACUCGUUCUUUACGCCGUCGGAUGAGGCUGAUUCCACUCCGUCGAAGAAGAGCAAGAAGAGCAAGAAGAGUAAGAAAUCCAAGUCUGCAGAGGCCGACGAUGUGGUUCAGGAGGCUUCCACUGCCUCGCCUGCUCUGUCAGAGAAUGUGGCUGGCUACGCCAAGACGCGUCUGUUCUCGCUGCUUAGUUUGGGUCUUGCCGGUGCCGACGGGGCUCGUGCCAGCGCCAGCGUGUUGAGUCGCAUCUUUGCGAUUGCUCAAGACAUGCAGAGUAACAACAGUGCUCUUGUCUUGCGUGAACCUCUGAGCGAUGAAGCUGCGGCGCAGUUUAGUGCUCUCGUCAGCCGCGUGGAUGCUCUACGGAGCAAGGAGCAGGACGAAGAGAAGAAGACGACGCGUCGUCCUCUAAGCGAGGCGUUCCUGCUGCUGUUCAUGAGCUCUGGCCUUCAGCUCCUAGACGCCGAACAGCGUGAAGACGCCGCUGUGGUGGCUGCUGAUCUGGACAAAUGUUACGCUCAGCUGGUAGCGCGCGAGAGCAAGAAGAAGAGCAAGAAGAGCAAGAAGGGAGACGCUGAGAAUGAAGACGAGUCCGUGGUGGUGCUCACAGAUCUGCUGCUGAGUCUGCUGUCCCAAGACUCGAGUGCGCUGCGUGAAAUCGUCACUCAAGUUUUCCGGUCGCUCCUGCCGCUACUUAACAGCGACUGUCUGAGCACCAUGAUGGACGUGUUCCAGCCGACUGAGACUGAAGCUGCUGCUGAGGAAGAGGACGAUGAGUUUGCUCCGAUUACUGAGAAUGACGAGGAGAACGAAGAGGAUGGUGAAGAGGAGGAAGUGGUGCUCUCUUCAGCUGACGCAGUGUCCGAUGCGCUCCGUAGCGACGAGAAGCUGGCGGCGUUGCAUCAAGAGGAUCUGGCGCUUGCCGCCAUCGUGGGCCAAGUGAAGGUCCGCUCGCAGCGCAAGAAGGACCUCAAGCGUGCUCGCCUGCAGACCAUGCACUUCCAGCUGCGUGUUCUGGAUCUACUGCAAGUGUUCGUCUCGCAGCGACCAGAGCAAACCGAGGCGGCUACUGCCAAGCACAACGCCCUGGUGUUGUCACUGGUAGUCCCGCUGUUCAAUGUGCUGGCUCGUGUGCAGAAUGGCGACUCGGAGAAGCUGGUGCUUCGGGAUCGUCUGCAAGCAGUGCUGCUCCACAAGGUGCUCCGUGCUAAGGACAAGAUCCCCUCUAGUGGAGCUGCGCAGAACGAGGCACUGGACGCUCUGCGUCAGAUCGCAGAGCUCAUUCGCACUGUCCCCAUGGACAAGGAUCAUAUCGGGAAGGUGGCGUCUGCUGCUGUUGUGUAUCUCGUCCGUGUGAUCUGCACUAGUGAGGAUCCGAGCGAGGAAGCGCAGAAGAUUAUCCACGACUCGGUACUGGAUGCCUUCACUAAAAAGCACUCGCGCUUCCCACGUGCGUCGUUCAAGGAGCUCUUGACCAAAUCUCCUGCUGCUGGAGCUCGUGUGCUUCUUGAGCCUCUGGCUGCUGUCGCUGUGGCUACUGAGAAGGAUGCGGCUGUGGACGAGUUCUCCAAGUGCGAAGUGUUCCGACUUCUUACGGUGCUGCUUCGUGGCGCCACGAAGUUGCAGCAGAGUGGAGAACUCUCGAAGACUCCCUUCCAGCGUGUGCGGAAGUCGUUGAAGACGGCGCUCGUGCGGCAACUUAAUCCUGGAAGUGUGCAGCAACUUAAGGCCAAGAGAGUGAAGGUCGUGAUGAUGUUCGCGCUGCAACUUGUCAAGUUCUGGAUCGCGGAGGACAAGAAGGGGACGGAACACGACGUUCGUGCUGUGGUUGAGGCUGUGCAGGCUGUGGACUCCAAGUCGCCAGUUGUGAAGGGUAUGGUCCAGCAGGUAUCUGAAGCGGCGGGUGUCCCGUACGUGGCUGCUAACGGCGUUAAGAAGGACGAGGACGAGCUGAUGCCUGAAGUGGAGGAGGUAGAACCGAAGAAGACCAAAAAGACCAAGACCAAGAGCCCCAAGGACAAGCAAAAGAAGAAGCGCAAGCGAUCAAUUGCCGAGGAGUAA